GCUGGCGCGAAAGAGGUUCUGCGUGAAGCACAUGCAUCCACCAACAUCGCAAUUGUUGUCGUUGUGCAGUCCGCAUCGCAAUCGUCGCUGUGCAGUCCGAUCUUUGGACCUCGAAAUGAAUGACUCGCAAAAACAUCGAAUGCUACCUUAGCAGGGUCAAUACCUACACCAACCUUGGCGCCAUAAUGUAGAUACGUGCGCUGUUAGACCUCCACUCUGGAGAACGCCGUGCGCUAGGGACAGGUAGGUAACGUCCAUAUCAGUCAAAAUGCCAUAACUACAGGCCCAGGUCCGUUGUCUUUGAGAUUUGCGAAUCCUUCUUUCCAAAGUACUUCUACGCAUAUCCAAGAUGGCAGCAACACCAGUAUCAUCAAUUCUAGAACGCAUUGCAGCUGCAGGUAAAUCCUACGAAGGCGAUGAGCGAGGAUCUCGCGAAACACUGAUCGACCUGGGUCGCGACCUCGUUGCCGCACUCGAGAUACCUAGCGAGUUUUUGCAAAGAAGCUUUUGGGCUGAACCAGCACUUUCCGCACACUGCAAACUCGCUGUAAAUGUCAAGCUCUUCCAGCACCUCAGAGAUGCAGGUGAUGCAGGCCUCAGUCUCUCAUCCGUCGCUGACAAGACUGGCGUGGAGACAUCUUUGUUACAGCGCAUCAUGCACCAUCUCAACGCCAUGAAGCUUGUUACUUUCUCCAACGGCAACUUCUACGCUACCACUCUCAGCAACGGACUCGCAGAAGAGCGGUACCAACAGAGCAUCGAUUUCUGUUACGAUGUUGCUAGGCCUUCAUUUAACGGCUUCCCUAAGUUCUUCAAAGAAAACGGAUACAAGACCCCAGCCGACCUGAGAACUGGACCCUUCCAAGCAGCUCACAAGAGCGACCUAGCUUUCUUCGACUGGCUGGUUGCUACGCCGCCACAUCUCGCUGAGUUCGAUGCCUUCAUGUCCGCUUACAGAGCUGGCAAGCCCAACUGGUAUGACCCUGGCUUCUACCCUGUGACUGAACGUCUGGUCGAGGGUUUUGAACCCAACAACAACGAAGUUCUGCUCGUUGAUGUCGGCGGUGGCCGUGGGCACGACAUGUCUAUGUUCGUUGCGCAACACCCUCAACACCCUGGAAAGGUCGUCCUGCAAGAUCGCGAGCCGGUGGUUGCCAGUAUUGCAGACAAGGAAAGGCUGCCUUUCGAAUGCCAGGCUCAUGACUUCUACACACCAGAGCCGAUAAAGGGCGCACGAGCAUACUCUCUUCACUCAAUCCUUCACGACUGGGAUGAUGAACGUGGUGUCAAGAUCCUGGAGAACCUUAAGCCAGCGCUGACGCCGGGGUACUCGCGCGUACUACUCAACGAGAUUGUACUGUCUGAGGAACAUCCUACGAUAGCUGCCACAUCAAUGGACAUGAUGAUGUUGGCUCACAUGUCUGUGCGUGAAAGGACAGAAGCUGACUGGAAAGAGAUCAUCGAGAAAGCAGGCUUGAGCUUUGUAAAGGUGUACACAUACCCUGGUGUAGCUGAAAGCGUGAUCGAAGCUGAGCUUGCUGAGGUAUCUCAGCCGUAA